GUUGCUUGAUGUCGCAGCGUUACUAACGGUGGGGUUUAAUUAGACCUAGACAAGUUUUAUAACACAGAUUCAUUGCAAACUACAUUUUAAAGUAGAAAUAACUUGUAUCUGAGUAUCUAUCCGCCGUCUUUGGGCGUAAUGGCCGACGCCAUUUUGGCUUGCAGUGACAUUACACAUAGGAAGAAACGUGCCGUUACGUGUAUGUAACAUUUUUGGUGCAUAUUUGUGAUUAUUUUGGUGCAAAGUACUAAACUGUGCGCCAUGGAAAAGUUACGGACAACGUGUGAGUGGUUGUGCCGUGUACUGGACUCGUGCUGUGCGCUUAAUAUCGGACAGAAGUAAGUUGCAACAUUGGGAGUUAGAAAUCCAGUCAACCCUACGUCUGCGGGAGUCGAACAAUACCCUUCGUCGGUUGAGCCCCAACUGCUAUCUUACCGUGGUGUAUCUGCUCUUCGCUGCGACUACGUCACGCGUAUCGGGACUCUAAAUGGAUUCACGUAGCGUAGUAACACGUGUGGUGCAAUAAACAAGAGUGUUUCAGUGUUAAUAUGGCCAAAAUUCUUAACAAGGACCCAGUCACAUACCAACGGGAACGUGACAGUUUCAUUCGAGAACUUAGGCAAUUCCACGAAAGCCGUGGGACUCCAUUUCGUAAAAUACCGAAGAUUAACGGCCAUGAAAUAGACUUAUAUCUUCUUUAUGUACUGGUUACAGCUCACGGAGGAUGGAUAAAGGUGAACAGCCGUUCAGAAUGGGAGACUCUGCUGGAACAGUUUGCACUUCCGAAACAGUGUGUGAACAGUGGCGUUGCUCUCAAGCAGAUCUACCUGAGGUACCUGGACCGGUACGAGAAGCGGCACUACCUGGGGGAGGACGUGGACCGGGACGGCACGGAUGACGAGGAGACCCGCCACCGGCGCUGGUCCGCGCGUGCCCUGCACUCCGUGCCGCUCUCCUACAACCACAACCAACACAACGUGUCUGAGAAUCUCCGGAACUACAAUGGUCUGUCAACAGAUCUGUACAAAGCAUCUGAUUACGAGCGCUUAUCUCUUUCAUUGCUUUCACCACUACCAAACGAGCAAGAUUUUGCUAUUAAUGUUUGUACCCUCUUAUCAAAUGAAGGGAAGCAUAUUCUGCAUCUUGAUAAGUGUCCUCGAAUCAUCAAUUUCCUGCUUGCCCAUGCGGGUGUCUUCAGCCAUCCAUCCUUGCGGCCACUAUUUGAAGAGGUGUAUGGGUCUAUCCGCAAUAAUCCGCUACGCCAGUUCUGGUUGGAUACCCUCGCUGAGCCAGAACUACGAGAUUUCACAGAUGAAACGAAGUUUCCACGACGUGGCAAGUCGAAGACAUGUGAAGAUGAUGACAGUCCUCAUACUGUGACAGAAAAAAUCUGUGUAGGUGGUGUUGACUUGGAAAUAGUUGUGAAGCGUAGUGCAAUAAUAUCGGCAUCUCAGCUGAUAGCAGAGGAAGGCAGUUCUCGGCCUGAUGAUGACAUGGAAUCAGACUGUGAUCAUCCUAUGGAAGGGCCACACAGACUUGAGAUUGCAGAAUCAGACCGUGACCUCUUCUGUUUAGGUCGUUCCUAUGGUACACGUGAUUGGUUUGGACAGAGGGUGCUUCAGGUAGCAACAAUAUUACGGAAUCUCAGUUUUGAUGAAGAUAAUGCAGCUGUGUUGGGACAAAGUUGUGCAUUUCUUCGCUUUGCAGCACUUUGUGCUGGGUCUAGAUGGUCUGGUUUGCAUGUUCUUGGACUAGACAUGUUAGGAAAUGUAGCAGCUGAAGUCCCUUUAUCUGAACCGGGUUCAGACAAACUCAGUGCAGGCCUAUUGGCAGUGGCAGCGAGGGGUUUGGCCUCCACUGAUCGUGCCAUUGUGCUCGCCAGCCUCGAACUGUUGAAUAAGCUGAGUCAGCGAGAAGAUAAUGAAGAUAUUAUGCUCAGAGCUCUUGAUCAAAAGGUUUAUGAUCAAAUUUGCUCAUUCCUUACAUUACAAGACAUUAUGCUACUGAUAUACACCCUCGAGUGCCUCUACUCUUUGUCAUCACUUGGAGAGCGUGCAUGCAAUUGUAUUGUCAGAGUUCAUGGAGCAGUUGAUACUUUGGUAUCUCUCAUCACUGUUGAGGCACAAAGCUAUGGCCCAAAGGCAUGCAUUUUAAUGAGGCUAGUUGAAACUGUCUCAAAUACACAUUCUGGAAUUGCACCUUCAACUUCGGGUGUUGGAGCACAAGGGUCAACAACAACAGCUGCUCAGAGUACUGCUUCUCCAUCUGUAUCUGUAGCAUCAACCAGCCAUUCCAGCACACCCUUGCAGCAGCAGCAGCAGCAGCAGCAUUCUUUGGGCCCAUCACUAACCUCUACACCACACAGGCCAUCGCCAACACCAACACAGCAUAGAAUACUCAUGACGUCCCAGGCAAACCUGCCUCCACCUCCACCACAUCCUACUGUCACACUUGCGCCAACAGUCAUCUCACAACAACAACAGCAGCAGCAGCAGCAGCAGCAGCAACAACAACAACAACACCAGCAGCAACAACAACAGCAACACCACCAUCACCACCACCACCAUCAGCAGCAGCAACUACAUCAGCAGCAUUCACAGCACCAGCACCAUCUUCAGCAUCAACCUCAGCAGCAACAGCAUUACAGUGUGCAGCAGCAGCAGCAGCAACCAAAUGCCCCUCACCAGCAGCAUACAACACAGCAAGCAGUCCAGGAAAAUGAACAGUUUGCUCUGGCAUGGCUACGUGCCACUUUUGAGACUGCACCAGUCACUUACCGCAUAGAACAGGCUGAACUCUACAAACAGUAUCUUACAGCUUGUGCAAGAGUUGGUCGACGUGGCGUCAUAGCUCCUCUACACUUUCCUCGUUGUGUUCGGUCCGUAUUUGGUGGUUCAGUGGGUCCAAAUUUACAACGUGCACCAGGAACAUCGACUGUCCUCGCAGAUGCACAGUACAAUGCGUUGGCCUUUUACGAGGGCAUCAAGGUGCGCGCCAACACGUGUUCUCCUACAGCAACACCUAUUACUUCAUCUCCCCGCACAGAGACUCCACCACUGGUAGCUGUUGCAGUGGGUUCGCCUGCUCCCUGUCAGACGCCACCUCCUACUGUUUCCUCACCAUCGCCUGUCCCAACUCGACCUGUUCUGGCACCAUCACCUUCUAUCUCUCCUGCAGCUUCAGUACGAUCCCCAGAGUCACUGGCACUGGAUGCUCCAUCCCCGUCAUCACCUAUCCUCAAAGCACAGCUAAGUGCUCCACCAAAACCCAGGGAAGCUUCCAAGGGAGAUGCCAAGAGUCAGCAGCAGCCGCAGCAACUCCAACAGCAGCCACAGCAGCAGCAGCAACAACAACAACAACAACAGCAACAGCAGCAGCCAGCGCAACAACAGCAAACACAACAGCAGGCCAGUAAUACGCCCAGUACAAGCAGCUCCUCCCUCAUCAAGAGCCUGCUGGCAACUAAGGUAACACCUCCUGGUGUGGACUGCAUGAUGCCUGCACCUGCCACUGUGUGUGCCGCAUCCUCAGAUAGCCAGCUGCGACUGACAGCACAGGUCACUCAGCGACAACAACAACAAAGAUUACUACAGCAACAACUACAAGCUGACACUCCCUCAGGAAACCAUUCUGUUGCAAGUCCUGUGGUCAGGAAAGUACUGGUUGGUCCAAUUUCAGCUGGUACACAGCUGCAAUCUGCUAGCAACUCAAACAAAGUUUCUGUAUUGUCAUCAGACAGGCAUCGAGCCGCUCGCAUCAAUGGUGUAAGAACUCCAGUGCAGCAAGUACAAUUACAAGGGCAGAAUGAUGUUCCAAAAGAUGGGAAUGGAACUGUUCCUGUUGAGAUUGAUGGUAUUCAGGCAACCACUUGUCUCAGCUCUGAUGGGCCAGGCAGUGGAAGUGCAGCAUUGCGAGGGCGUCGUGAACCACCACAGCCGCCACCUCCUCCAUUGUUGGCUACAACUGAAGACUCCAACUCUACAGGGAACAGCUCGCUGGCAUCGAGUGCAGGCAGUGCUAGUUGUACAGGCUCAAUCUCCAGUCUAGGUGCAGGAGGCACGCAAAUAAUUGUGGAAGAUGGGGAGAACUCUUUAUCGAGUUUUGAAGGCAUUCUUCUGAAUGGCAUCCCAUCAUCAUUGGAUAUUGAUGUUGCUUCUGAUGACACAAAUUCGAAAGAUUCAUCUCGCAGUUCAACUGCUGUGGUAGCAACAAAAGUUAUGUCCCAACAGCAGAAUGCUAAAAGCAUGAUGUUAGCAGAUCUCCUUGAAAAGAAACCAGAAAGGAAGGACCCACCUGUACUAAAUGGUGUCCUGGGAAAGAGUUUUGAACUAGUGGAGAACCACCUAGAAAAGGUACUGAAGGAUACGACAACAUCCACUGUCCAGCAGCCACUGCCUGGAGGGAGAGAGAAUGCUGCAAGUGCUUCACAACAUCCCAAUGGCAGCAGUGAUGGACUCCCGUAUAAAACAGUGGGAACUGUGACUGAUCGUACAGAGAUGACCCACUCACUGGAGGGAAACACCCAUCAGAUGCAGCAGCAACAUCAGCAGCAUGCACUAAAAAGGCCAGCAGAUGAGGCAGGUCUCACCAGUGUGGAAGUAGAAACGAAGCGCCCGCACCUGGAGGUUAAUGGUAAUGCGUCACCUUCUCCAGCACCCUCUCCAUCACCUGCAUCUGCAGACACUGGAGUUCCAAGUUCGUCAGCAGCAAAUCUGUAUGCAGCACUGGCCGCAUCAGCUCUAGAGGGAGAACUGGACCAACCAGAGUUGGAAGUGGUUCCUGUGCCUCAACAGGCUGCAACUCCGACACCACAGCAGCAACACCACCAGCAACAGCAGCAGCAGCAAACAGCAGGAAGCAUACAGCUUGGCCUAAGACAGGUUUUUGAGACUGCAACAGUUCAUGGCCCAGGCGGGCAGUCACAGCAGGUAAUUGUUGCACCACGUCACGUCAUUGUCUCCCAGGCAGGAAAUCUGUUGGCAGCACAGCAGCAAGUGCUAAUUGCAACUGGUUCAGGCAAUGUCACCAUAGCAGGUGGAAAGCCACAAGCUACUGGAACUCCUGGCACUCGUACACAGGUGGUACUGCAGCAAGCAGGUGGUAGUCAGCUGAUUCUGAGCCCAGGUAGCGUGAGUGGUGUUGGGGGACAGUACCUUCAGGCAGGCCAGGCAUAUGUUGUGCCCCAGACAGCUUUGGUUCAAGGUCAAGGACAGACUGUGCUGGUGGCACAGACAGCACAGCAGCAGGGUACUGGCACCAAGACCAUAAUCAUCCUGCAACCACAGACAUCUUCCCCAGCACCAGGAAACUCCCAGGGCCAGAUACCUCUCCAGCAGCAUCAAAAGGUGAUGGUUACUCCCCAGGGGCAGCCUGUAGUGGUGACACAGGUGCCACGGCCUGCACCACAGCCACCUCCUGCACUGGUGCCAUCUUCAACAGCUACUUCGUUGUCUCCUCCUCCAGUCCGGCCAGCAUCUCAACCUGUUCACAGACCUGCCCCAGCCCUAACACCGUCCAGUACUGCUGGUGCUAUUCCUGUAACAACUGUGGUGAGGGCAAGGACAUCACCACCAGUCUCCGUCCCUCGUCCUCCUUUCCAGCAAACAGUUUCUACCACAGUUCGUCCCAGCCUUGCCCCAAGCUCUCAAGUUGCAGCAAAGGUAGUAGAAUCGCGGACACCUCAGGUGCAGUCGGUUCAGCCCACUGCAAACAACACCAGUUCUGGAGGAGGAUCGAACAUAAUUGAAAUGGUUCGACCUCAUACGCCCUCACCUUCUCCUUCUCCAUCCCUUCCUCCUUUGGCACAGACUUCUACUGUAAUGACACAAGCCAGGUCAGUUGUCAGUGUCAACAGCACAAUGACAACUCCAUCAAAUGCUCCACAGAAGCCAUUGGGUGUUCCUACUGUUGAUGCAUCUCAGUUCCUCUGUGAGUGGAGAGGGUGCAUGAGGAGUUUCAAGUCUGCCAACCAAGUAUACAUGCAUGCAUGUGAGGCACACUGUCCAAAGGGCAGUGAAGAAAUUCAGUGCUUGUGGGAGCGUUGUGAUGCCAUGAAAAGGAAGCGCUUUUCACUAAUGACUCAUUUAUAUGACAGGCAUUGCAAUGCAGAGGUGCUUCGUAUGAUGGCAGUUCGGCGGCGGCAACUAUCACAGAGUGGUCGCAGUGAGAUUCCACCCCCACAACCACCGCCUCCUCAUCCUGGUUAUGCCCCAAAUGCAGCUUUUCAUGCAAUCAAGAGACAUGCUCUUGAGUUUGUGAACCCCAAGGAGAUGAUGAGGCCUGUCAGAUCGGGCCCUACAGCUGUCCCGCUUCCCACCAGACCCGGCCCGAGUCCGGCCGAGCAGGAUGAUAAUGAGGGUCCUGUUACAAAAAGCAUAAGAUUGACUGCAUCUCUCAUUCUUCGGAACCUAGUCAUCUACUCUACAAAUGGAAGGAGGUUUCUUCGAAGUUACGAGCCUCAUCUUGCGGGCAUAGCGCUAAGCAAUGUGGAAUCAUCGCGAACUAUUGCACAGGUGCUGUAUGACAUGAAUCAACAAGCAGGCCAGAGGUGACCCAUCUAGGAGCAUCAUAGUGCAGCAGCAGUAUGUGACUUUUCCACUGUCAUCUGUUCAGCUCAUAUUUAUUUCCUUCCCCAGCUUCACUGUCUCUUCUACAUUUCUCAGCUGUCACGUUUUAAUACUUCCCUUUUUAAUCGUGGGGCAGGAGUUUUAGUGGUGUAUGUGAAAUGUUUGAAGUGUACAAAUGUUUAAAACGCUUGGAAAGUGAGUAUAUAAUAGACUUGUUAAAAGUGAAGCUAGAUAACUGUGUAAAAACUUUGAAUGUAUAAUAUUAGUGCGAUGACUGGAAAUUUUUUUACGAAAUAUAAUUUAUGAUAACCGCUGAACAGUGAAAAAAGAAUGGUGUGUGUUGGACUGUGUGGGAUGCCUCAUGCCUCCUUAAUGACUUGGACCUAAGAGGCAUGCAGGUAUCUCAUUCUUAGUAUUUAACUGACAUAAAAGUCCUGGGAUGUCAGAAAAUGCCAUUUAUUUCUCAUUUUUUAUGUAAUUUGUGUUAUGUGUAGCCAUGGAAAUGGAUGUGCAAUUCUUUUUCUAGUAUUUAUUGGAAAAAUGUAGAUACACAAGUCAUGUACAUAGCUAUGAACAUAAGCUUUCAAAUAAAAUUUCUGUACUGUGUACGGAUUUAUCAGCUCUGUGAAAAAUUUGGAUGUGUACAGACAAAAUGGAAAAAAAUUAUUUGCUGAUGGACAUUACAGUUCUUUUACUUUCUUUUGUAUGAAAUCCUUGAACGAAGAACAUGCAGCCCAGGUUUGGUAAAAAGGAAGAGAAAGAGAGAGAGAUAGACUGUGUUACCUUAGUUCUGCGUUCAUACGGCAUAGAAGUGUCAUACUUUAUCACUGGAUUACAAAUAUAACUCAAUUGAUCACAUUUUAUAAACCAGUAUUAUCAACAGGAUUUGUGAAAAAAGAAAGACACAGAACAAAGCUGAUACUGAUUAUGUGUUAUUUUUAAUACAGUCAGUUGUGGCUAACUUGAAAUACGAUAAAACAUUAAAAAGAUAUCUGCUUUAUAUAUCAAUCCUAAAAUGACUUGUUUCUGCAAUGAAAAGUUUUAUUCUAAUGCCAUAGGUUAUUGUUUAAUGUGAUACAAUCAUUCCAUAAGGAAAUGUGAAUGUGUUGGCUGCAUUGUAGACAAGUGUCAUGUAACACGCAAAAUUUCAAACAGCCCAGACUUUCUGUUUAUGUAUGACAUGGGCAACAUAAAAUCGAGCAUUACUGUGGGCACAGCAUUUGGCACAUUCUCAUGUACUUUUUAUUGACUGUUAUUUAUUUUAUAUUGAAGAGUAGAAAAAUUAGAGGCACUGUAAAAUGUCCACCAGAAUUCAGAAAUAAAUAAUUGCAUUUAUUGAUUUGUAA